ACCAACCAGCCUUCUCUUCUCAUCUCCCUCACCAUGGCUCGCUCUUCUCUUCUUGCUUUCUUAUGUUUAGCAGUUUUCAUCAAUGGCUGCCUCUCUCAGACCGACCAAUUUCCCUGGAGUUGGGGAUUCCAAGGCAGUGAAGCUAGGCAGCAGCACCGUUUCCACUCUCCCAAAGCCUGCCAUCUCGAGAAUCUCAGAGCUGAAGAGCCCGCUCGCCGGAUUGAGGCGGAGGCUGGUUACACUGAACUAUGGGAACCCAACAAUGAGGAGUUCCAGUGCGCCGGAGUAAAUAUGGUCCGCCAUACAAUCCGACCCAAAGGUCUGCUUCUACCUGGAUUCACUAAUGCUCCUAAACUCAUUUUCGUCGUCCAAGGUACUGGUAUUCGCGGUGUUGCAAUGCCUGGCUGUCCCGAGACUUAUGAAACCGAUCUACGAAGAUCGCAGUCGUCUGGAAACUUCAGAGACCAGCACCAGAAGAUCCGCGAGUUCAGAGAGGGCGAUCUCCUUGUCGUCCCGGCUGGAGUUUCUCACUGGAUGUACAACCGUGGACAGUCUGAUCUCAUCUUGAUCGUGUUCGUUGACACACGCAAUGUUGCCAAUCAAAUCGAUCCAUUCGCCAGAAAAUUUUACCUCGCCGGAAGACCAGAGAUGAUGCGAAGAGGGGAACGGGAAGGAAGAAGCUUCAGAGAAUCCACUGGAGAGAAAUCAGGCAAUGUGUUCAGUGGAUUUGCAGAUGAAUUUCUGGAAGAAGCUCUCCAAAUAGACAGUGGAUUGGUUAGGCGGUUGAAGGGAGAAAGCGACGAGAGGGACAGAAUCGUGUUUGCCGAAGAAGAUUUCGAUGUGCUUAUGCCCGAGAAAGACGAUCAAGAAAGAUCAAGAGGAAGAUACAUUGAAAAAGAAUCAGAAAAUGGCUUCGAAGAAACCGUGUGCACACUCCGAUUGAAGCAUAACAUUGGUCGAUCAGAACAUGCCGAUGUGUUCAACCCACGCGGCGGCCGCCUCUCCACCGCCAACUUCAAUAACCUCCCCUUCCUCCGCCAGGUCCGCCUCAGCGCCGAACGAGGAGUCCUCUACAGCAACGCGAUCUCGGCACCGCACUACACAGUGAACGCCCACACAGUGGCGUACGCUACGAGAGGCAGCGCGAGAGUGCAAGUGGUGGACAACUACGGUCAGGCAGUGUUCGACGGCGAGGUCCGGGAAGGACAAGUACUGGUGAUUCCACAGAACUUCGUGGUGAUGACAAGAGCAAGCGAGAGAGGAUUCGAAUGGAUAGCAUUCAAGACAAACGACAACGCAAUCACGAACUUGCUGGCGGGAAGAGUUUCACAGAUGAGGUUGCUUCCAUUGGGAGUUCUGUCGAACAUGUACAGGAUUUCAAGGGAAGAGGCACAGCGGCUGAAGUACGGACAACCGGAGAUGAGGAUUUUCAGUCCAGGAAGGUCGCAGGGAAGAAGAGAGUGAAGAGAUGAAGAUGGUAAUGUAAUGGGGAAAGGACGCAUAUAUAUAUAUAUAAGAUAUAUGUAGUAGUUAAUGGUAAUUUAGGGAAUAAAGAGCGAGCUUUCAGGUGAUGCCGCCGACGAGCCAGCUUGUUAUCGGCCGGAAAAAAUGGAGAAAUCUCUCAGAAAGACACUGAGUUUUAAUAAUAAAAAUAAUAAUAUUUGCGCCUCUGUUUUGUGUUCAAA